AUGUCGUGGGAAGCGGUGCGGAGGAGGGGAGAGAGACUGCUGGCAAGGGUUGGGGCAGCAGCGAUAGGAGGACUGGUGCUCUCACAGUACGUCGUGUAUUCCCGAAGCAGGAAGGAGAGGAUCCCGGAUGGGAGCGUGCUGCACCUUGACAUGAGUCUGCCCCUCGUAGAGAUACCUCCUCCUCCUCUAUCCUCCCUCACCUCCCCAAGACAACCCCUCAUGCUAAAGAAUGUUGUCGAUGCGAUCCACAAAGCUGCUAAAGACAAGCGGGUGCGACCUUUCUAUUCGCGCUCCCCUCACGCCUCUGACAUGGCACGAAAUCCCCACAUACAGAUCAAGGGGAUCGUCUGUACUUUCGGUACGGACAACCUGCACUCUCUGGCAACCAUUCAGGAGGUUCGGCAAGCGAUCGAACGCUUCCGUUCCAUCCAAAAGGAACAGCCUGAGUCAAGCAGGAAGUUCACGUGCGUAACGACAGACACCUUUGGGGAGGGGGCGCAAGGAACUUCUCAGUACUACUUUGCUUCUGCCUUCGACAAGAUCUACAUCCAGGUAAGCCCAGGGACUUGGUGGAAGGCAUGCGAUGACUGGGGGCAGCCGUCAGGCAGCGUGGGGUUGGUGGGACUGAGCAUGCCGACCUUCUUUCUCAAGAACUUGCUGAGCAAGCUGGGAGUUGAGGUGCAGUUCUUCAAGUUCUUUGAGUACAAGAACGCCCCAAAUGUGUUCACGGAGGAGGGCUAUACCCGGCCGCACAGGGAGCAGACGGAGAAGCUGGUGGAGUCCAUGUUUGACCAGAUCGUGUCCGGCAUCGCGGCUCAACGCAGACUCCCGCUGUCUGCCGUGUCCAAGGCCGUGAACGAAAGCCCUCUGAGCGCGCAGGAUGCGCAAGCGCAUGGCCUUGUCGAUGGGAUCUUGUACACGGACCAGGUGCUGGACAUGCUCGAGGCGAAGAGCAUCGUCACAGCGGCCAUCCGCGCAGCCUACAAGGACGAGUCAGUCAAGGCAAGGCUGACCUUGUUGGAAGCGAUCGUGGUUCGCAUCGACUCGCCCGGAGGAUCGGCGGUGGCGUCGGAUACCAUUCGACGAGAGCUGGAGAAAGCCAGAGAGAGCGGCAAGCCUGUGGUGGCAUCAAUGGGAACUUACGCGGCAUCUGGCGGAUAUUACAUCGCCACAGCAGCUGACAAGAUCACUGCAUUGCCGGGGACCAUUACUGGCAGCAUCGGAGCCUUCUACGGCAAGUUCAUCAUCGGCAAGCUCUGUUCGCAGAUCGGGGUUUCCUACGACGAGAGCGUGAAGGCAGAAAAGCUGGGGAGAAGAGUUUACGAGGAUUUCGUGGCUCUAGUGGCGAAGGCAAGGAACUUGAGUCUGGAAGAGGUGGACAAGGUAGCGAGAGGGAGAGUCUGGACUGGAGCCCAGGCAAAGGAGCUUGCUCUCGUCGAUGCCUUGGGAGGUCUCAAGGUGGCACACGAGCUAGCGGGGGAGCUCGCAGGGCUGAAGGACGAGACGCUUCCUCCCCUCGUGGAGUAUCCUAAGGCGAAGUCAAGCUUGGAGAAGAUUAUCCUUGCCCUCAGCGGUGGAGAGAGCGAAGGCCUAUCGCAGGAGGCACCGAAAUCCUCCAUCCUCUCCUUCGAUAAUUUCAUGUCCCUCAUCGGGCAGUCUGAUGUUGCUUUUGCCCUCGGCUCCUUGGCAGGUUCCAUAUUCCUCUCACUGCUCCAGUGA